UACUUCAAGGAAGGCGCAUGUCAUGCUCUCCAUCUAUAUCCUUGCUGUUUGGAAGAAAUUUCGACUGUACAAUAACAAGUAUUUCACAAAUUUGCAUCCUUGUCAAAGCAGCAGUGUACUCUCAACACUUUAAUCUCACUCCAUCUCCUAUCUUUCACGCGGUCUUUUGAAUUGGAUAGUGAGAGACUUUUACAAUAUUAAUACGAUCCUAAUAUUCGCACGCUACAAUGGCAGAAGGCAGCGAAGAUUCGUACCUUUAUAUGAAAAGCCGUUCAAAGGCUCUCUAUGAGUGCACCAAUUCGGAAACUUUUCCUGGCAAAAUGCCGUCUAGCUACGUUCCAAAGCAGGCCAGCGCCAAUACCAAAAGCUUGCCUACGCCAAACGUUCGUCCUCAAAGUCUUCCCCCGGCAGUUGGACAAAGCGGCUCACCAUCUAACCUUGAUGAUUGCAUGGCCUUCGACCUUUACGAGCAAGACCCCGACACGGAUUUCCAAUGCGAGGAUUACAACCUUCGUAGACAGUCGUCGGACUUCCGAUUCAAUUUUGAGGAUAUGAUUGUGUUGCCAAUAAGGCUCAAGAAACCAUUCACUUCUGUCACAUUCGACACACCUCCUUCCACUGAAGUCGAUGAGUUCGACUACGCUGACCAGCACGUAUAUUACAGUCAGCUUAUCACUACUGUUAAUUCAAACUCGGCGGUACAUGAAUACGGUACACGUAAAGGACCGUUGUGGGACUGUGCGUGGGAAAUCCUCGUGCCCAAAGGUCUUCAUCCGUCAUACCUUACAGAGGGUGAGUUUGUGAAAUUGGUGUUGAGCCAAGGCAAUGACACGACCACGUGGAUGGAUAUCCACAUUCCAAUUCUGCACAGAAGAGCGCUCCAAAAAGCAGCCGCCGCCCGUCAAAAACUCACCAAUGCCGGUAUAUCUCCUUUCGAACUAACCCAAGAAUAUUUGGAGGCCUUUGAAUGGAUGGAUAAGAUUGAGCAAGAUAAUUUUGUUAAGACUAUGCAGAAGUUGCAGUUACAAGUCGCCUUUCAAAAACAAGGUCUUUCGAUGAGAAUCGAAGACAUUGACGAUUUCGCUCCUAAGGAUGAGGAGAAGCUUAUUGGAAAGUCACAUACGAAGUUGGUCGAUGGGUCUUGCAUUCCAAGAGACUAUUCCUCUGACUCUGACGAAUCUUACAUGGCGGAAGAAAUCACCCUCGAAGAAUUCGAAAACCAGUUCCGGGACAAUGAUUUCAAGAAGGCUCCUGCUUCAUUAGGCAGUACGCCCAUCCAAAACACAGAUCAGCCUCCUACAGACGACAAUGAAGCGUUCAUUGCGAAAUGCCUUGGAGCACUCAUGGGUGCAUCUUCCACUGACACCGAUCCAUCCAAACAAAUCUUCGAGCACAGCAAAAAUAGUCAAGUCCUUGAAGACUCCAUCGAUGUCCAUCAGGUCACCCAGAUCCACGGAAACGUCCGCUUGAGAUUAGCUCAAUGCCCACAACAUGAGGCUUCUAGCCCCUGUACUCACAUCUCCUCUCAUGAUCCGCCCAAGGAUCCGAAUACUCGCGUCGUCUUCUCCCUCCAAGAUCCUCCUCCACUAUCUCCUACUCGAUCCGCUCGCCCUGCUUCAGCUAGUCAUCCUUCCGAUAGUUCGUCCUCUUAUGGUUCCAGUCUUGACGGUAGUGGCGGUAGCGGUGCCUACAUGACGAAGAGCAGAAGCAAUGGUGGCCAAAGCCAAAAAUCCAGCAAGACGGAAGGAAGCGGCAUGAGUGGUAUGAGCGGAACAAGUGCAAAGCUUGGUAGCAUCAGUAAGAAGUUGGGAGAAUCACCAAAGUCGUUGAAAAAGAAGCUGAGUUCGGUCUUUGGGACCAUUGGAAGAUCGGGAAAACGUAAUGUUUGAUUAAGUGUUGAUGCUUUUGUUGCGUGCUUCCCUUCAGACUUUAUCCCUUUGAUUCCCUCUAUUCCUCGUGGCAUUGUUUCGUUUUUGGAAUGGUUUAUAUGCUGUGCGUGUAUGGGGUAGGGUGGUUUUGAAAUGUGCUUAUUCGGUGGAACAUUCACGCACGAUUCGGAAAUGGAUGAUUAUGGAUCGAGGUAUUGACGGCGGAGGGGAUUAUUAUCAAUAUUUUUAAGUGUUCGAGUAUAGGGCUAUUACAUCAAAUAGCUUCAAGUCAUUACAGAGCUCUCUGGGCUUUUGGAGGGAUAAUUGCACAUUCGUUUAAAUUAAAUUAGUAUAGGAGAAAUCAUCAGAAUCACA